AUGAAAACCAUAGUACUGGCGCUCAUUCUCGGCUUUCUCGGGUCCUCUGCGGAUAAAGAGGAAUGGGAUAAAAUUAAGCACUUGUUUUACGAUGACCUCGGGACACCCAAACGGUUGUGCUCCGCGUUUGCAGAUGACAGGGGUAUGCAGAUGUUUUGCCAUAGGGGGAAUGAGUUGCCGAUUUGGAAGGUAAUGAGUUGCGGUGUCGACGAAAAGGGGAAUGUUUUUGCUUCCUAUUCAAACGAGUGGAAGUCUUACGAGAAGCACAUAUUGCUGGAACAAGAUAUGGAUGACUGGAUUUAUUUGGGAGUGAAUCCAGAGUGCACCAUUGAUGACGAAGUUGAAUUACCUAAGGUUCCGGUCACCCAAUGCACAAACGAGUCGCUAAAAAAGAUGGAGCGAAGGGUAAAAAAUGGUAAUAGGUACAAGAGCUGGGAUCCUGCGAAAGGGAAGUGCAUUAUCACCACUCGUCCUCUUGACAUUCUUUCAACUGAAGGAGAAGCAGUGGAAGUUAACGAGGACGACGAGCCAGAAGAGAGCAGGAAUGAAGAAGAGAAUAUGACUAGAGAACUUGAAGUUGAAAAAAAAAGGCGACACAAAAAGAGAAAAAGAACCGCAAAAAAACGAAAAACGAUAUUGAGUAGUGAGAAUGCACACGAAGAAGGAAUAGAUGACAAACAUGGUGCUGAUGCCGAUGAUGAAUAUGCGAAUGAUAAUGAAGAUUUUCAAAACCUGGUAAAACAAGGUACCGCAAGUCCUCAAAAAAAUAAGGGUAAUAUUUUCUUUUUUUUACUAAGCAUUUUAUGUUAUUUUUAA